AUGAAGCUUCUGGUGUGUGUGGUAGUGCUAGUGGCCUUGGCUGCAGCUGAGGACAAGUUGGAACAAAACGUGGAAGAGAAGUCCGACGAGAAGGUGGAAGAGAAGAAACAACCGGAGAAGCGAGGACUUGGAGGUUUCGGAGGAUACGAUUUUGGAGGACACGACUUCGGAGGGCAUGAUUUUGGAGGAAGCAGUUAUGGUGGUUACGGAGGAGACGACCACCACCAUGAAGUAAAGACCAUCACUGUCACCAAGAAAGUUCCUGUGCCGUACCCAGUAACAGUCGAGAAGAAAGUUCCAUACCCUGUGAAGGUUCAUGUGGACAGACCAUACCCUGUGCAUGUGCCCAAACCGUACCCAGUCACUGUAGAGAAGCAUGUGCCUUACCCCGUCAAGGAGUACAUCCCUCAGCCCUACCCAGUUGUGAAGAAAGUCCCUUACCCUGUGAAGGUCCCAGUUGACCGGCCUUACCCGGUGCACGUGCCCAAGCCGUACCCCGUCUACGUGGAGAAGAAGGUUCCAUACCCAGUGGAGAAACACGUGCCCUACCCUGUGAAGGUGCCAGUGGAUCGUCCCUACCCCGUACACGUUCCUGUUGUCAAACACGUGCCUUAUCCAGUCGAGAAGAAGGUGCCGUAUCCUGUGAAAGUACCUGUGGAGAAGCCAGUACCCUACCCAGUGCCCAAGCCCUACCCCGUGUACGUGGAAAAGAAAGUCCCUUAUCCCGUAGAGAAGCCAGUGCCGUAUCCUGUCAAAGUGCCUGUUCACAUUCCAGUCCACGUGCACGAGCCGAAACAUGAAAGCUACGGUCAGCAUGAAUCGUUCUCGGGCCAUUCUGGAUAUUAGCAGUACAUAAUCA